GAGCACCUUGGCGCGCGGAGCUGGCACCUUGGCGCGGUCGGCGGCGGCGGGGACAGCUGUGACGUGUGAGGUUCUUGGUCUGCUGGCAGCUAGGGGCGACGAGGCGGGACGUCAUGGAAGUGAAGGAUGCCAGUUCUGCGCUUCUCAGUAACUACGAGAGGGAGUCUCGCUCUGUCACCUAGGCUGGAGUGCAGUGGCACCAUCCAGGCUCACUGCAACCUCUGCCUCCCAGGUUCAAGUGAUUCUCCUGCCUCAGCCUCCCGAGUAGCUGGGAUUACAAGUGUUUCAGUUACUAACUGAUCUGAAGGAGCAGCGUAAAGAAAGUGGAAAGAAUAAACACAGCUCUGGACAACAGAACUUGAACACCAUCACCUAUGAAACGUUAAAAUACAUAUCAAAAACACCAUGCAGGCACCAGAGUCCUGAGAUUGUCAGAGAAUUUCUCACAGCAAUGAAAAGCCACAAGUUGACCAAAGCUGAGAAGCUCCAGCUGCUGAACCACCGGCCUGUGACCGCCGUGGAGAUCCAGCUGAUGGUGGAAGAGAGUGAAGAGCGGCUCACGGAGGAGCAGAUUGAAGCUCUUCUCCACACUGUCACCAGCAUUCUGCCUGCAGGGCCAGAGGCUGAGCAGAAGAAGAAGACCAACAGCGACGUGGCAAUGGACGAAGAGGACCCAGCGUAGAAGAGCACAGCUGGCCCUGGCAUUUCAUGAAGUCAGAAGGCCCAGCAGCCGUUUCCUGGAUGUUGAGAGGAUUGUUUAUUUGAUUAUACCCUCUAUCCCGGCAGGCCUGGCUGGCUUCGUGGUUAGUUGGGUACAUCACAAAAAUAAGCUAAAAAGAAAUAUUUGUGCCUUGGGGAGAAGAAACAUGGUGAAGACAGGCUGAGGUUGUCAGGGCAGAGAGCUGAAGGUGGGGACAGUGACCGUGGACCCCUCUGUGCUUGAAAGAUUUCCUCCACAGCCUUUGCCCCAGUUGUGGGGAGGUCUCUAUACACAGCGGGGAAAAUGCUUGUGUGUUCUUUGGUGGGCCAUGUCCUAAUUAGUUUCAUCUGCUUCCCUGGGAACUUACUAAACAGGGGCUCAGAGCACUGUUGGGAAUCUGGUUAGAACCCCAGAGAGUUACUCUUAAGUUAAAAUGAGUCACUGACCUUGGCUCAUCUUAGAGGAAUUUCCUCGAGAACAACAGAGAUAAGAAAAGAACCGGCCUGGCCAAUCCUUCAACAGCUCUAGAGCCCCUUUUCUCUGCUGGCAGGGGCUUUGUUUACCAGCUCACUGUUUAGGCUAAAUGUUAGGGACCAGAUCACUGCAGUUGAAAACAGGCACUCCAGGCUUAGUGACAGUGGCAGCAGAAACAGUGUUGGCUGCCUUCCUGACCACCCCACUUUCCUGCCCUGAGACAGCAGCCCAGGGCAGGUGCUUCAUAUUGAGACCAGGUGAGCCUCAUUUGCACAACAGUCAAAUUGUUUGCUCCUUUAAAAAGGACACAAUUAGCCUGGCCCGGUGGCUUAUGCUUAUAAUCACAGCACUUUGGGAGGCCAAGGCAGGAGGAUCACCUGAGGUCAGGAGUUUGAGACCAGCCUGACCAACAUGGAGAAACCCUAUCUCUACUAAAAAAAAAAAGUACAAAAUUAGCUGGGCAUGAUGGUGCAUGCCUGUAAUCGCAGCUAUUCGGGAGGCAGAGGCAGGAGAAUCACUUGAACCCGGGAGGCAGAGGUUGCAGUGAGCUGAGAUUGCACUAUUGCACUCCAGCCUGGGCAACAAGAGGGAAACUUCAUCUCAAAAAAAAAUAAGUAAGAUUAUUACCAUGUGAAAACUUUUUUAAUAUUCAGGAAUUCAGAAUUUGGAAAGUGUAGUUGCCCCAGGCAUGUGGUUGUUGCCUUAGGUCCUGCGAAUAUUGCUGAAAAUUGGAUUUUCCACAUUCACUGUCUUCCCUGUUUUAGGGAAGAAAAUGAUCGUAGACAUUCGAUUUUCCAAAUUGGUAGUCUUUCAUUUUCAAUGCUAAUGGGAUUACUUCUCUUCCAACCCUCCUGCCCAUCCAUCCAUCCCACUCCCCAGGCAAUUGAUUGCAGUUCCGUGCAUCUUAACCUUACCAUCUGAGAUUCAGCUGAAAUCUGUUUAUAGGCAACAUUGAAAGUACCAGAUGAGGGUCAGGUGUGGUGGCCCACACCUGUAAUCCCCAGCACUUUGGGAGGUGGAGGCAGGCGGAUCAUGAGGUCAGGAGUUCAAGACCAGCCUGGCCAACAUAGUGAAACCCCUUCGCUACUAAAGAUAUAAAAAAAUUAGCCGAGUGUGGUGGUGCAUGCCUGUGAUCCCAGCUACUCAGGAGGCUGAGGCAGGGGAAUUGCUUGAACCCGGGAGGCAGAGGUUGUAGUGAGCCAAGAUCGCACAUUGCACUCCAGCCUGGCCAACAGGGCGAGACUCCAUCUCAAAAAAAUGAAAGUACCAGAUUGUACUUGUAAAUCUAUCUAGGGUAUUGGGAAUUUUACUGGGAGCUGUUGAUUUAUUUCUCAGGGCAUAUGUGUGCUGUGUGCCGAUCUGUCUCAUUAUUGUCUUUUUUUUUUUUUUUUUUUUUUGAGACAGUCUCGCUGUAUCGCCCAGGAGUGCAGUGGCAUGAUCUCAGCUCACUGCAACCUCUCCCUCCCAGAUUCAAGCGAUUCUGGUGCCUCAGCCUUCUGAGUAGCUGGGACUACAGGCAUGCGCCACUAUACCCUGCUAAUAUCUAUAUUUUUUAGUAGAGAUAGGGUUUUGCCAUAUUGGUCAGGCUGGUCGUAAUGUCUCUUUUUAACACUGAAUAUGUUAGGUGGUUUUUCUUGAUGGAUUUAGGGUUAACCUAGUUAAUAAUAAAUUGUUUCCAGGUAAUUAACAAGUUUUGUCAUCUUAUAAAUCUAAAGAGUUAAUAUUGUCAUGGAUACAAAUAAAGUGAAAUCUGACUGAAGCUAAAA